UCCCCAGUCUGGCUCGCGCGCGAGGCCAGCGACAACUGUCCCGGCAGUCAGGGCUUCAGAUAACCUCCCGCAUGUCCUGGGAGAGGGGACGUCGUGUGCACGGGCACGCACCUCCCGCAGCGCGGCCAAAGAAGGGCAUACUGUUACAUAGCAGCUUGUAAUGGCGGCCUCUGGAGAAGGCAGUAACCCCAGUGGCAGAGCAAUACCCUGGCCCCUGGCACAGCUGUGGGAGCUUGAGCCGAGGGUGGCCCGCCGACGCCUGUCCCAGGCCCGCCACCGAGCCACCCUGGUGGGGCUGUUCGGCAACCUCCGGAAAAUGGUCUACUCCCAGUCUGAUCUCACAGCCUCAAAGUGGCAGGUUUUGAAUAAGGCGAAGAAUCAUAUUCAGGAGCUGGAGCAAACCUUGGACAAUCUUCUGAAGAUGAAAGAAUCCUUCAAGCUGGAGGACGGGAAUGCAAACAGCUUAGAGGAGGUCAAGGCAGAAUAUGCCAGCAUGUACUCUGGAAAUCACAGCCUAGUCUCAAAUAAGGUUUGUCAUAAUGGCUCUGCCAACUGGUGCCCAAUCGAGGCAGUUGGGAAGGAUGCUGAGGGGGAGGAAGAGGAGGAAGAAGAGGGGGAAGACCACGAAGAGGAGGAAGAGGAGGAAGAGGAAGAAGAGGAAGAGGAAGAAGAGAAGAAAGUGGAGCCCUUACACUCCCCAGUCACCUUGUUGCCGGACCUCAUGGAAUUUGAACGGUAUCUCAACUUUUACAAACAGAUGAUGGACCUUCUGAUCGGGAAUGGGAUUGUCUCCUCACAGGAGGUGACACUCCCCAUCGUCUCUGCAGCCAUCUCCCACCUGUGGCAGAACCUCUCUGAGGAGAGGAAGACCAGUCUUCUGCAGGCCUGGGCACAGAGGAACAGCGGCCUCCUGGGCCUUGCUGGUACCUAUCAGGAGGCAGGCUGUGCCGAGGGCAGCGUGAAGGACAGUGGGGUUGACAGCCAAGGAGCCAGCUGCUCACUCGUCUCUACCCCAGAGGAGAUACUCUUUGAAGAUGCCUUCGAUGUGGCAAGUUUCCUGGACAAAAGUGAGGCUCCAAGUACUUCUAGCUCUAGUUCAGCAUUUGCCGGCAGCAACCCAGAAAAUCCAGAGGAGAAGUUUCAGCUCUACAUGCAGAUCGUCGAUUUUUUUAAAGGCCUUUGCUGCGUUAACACUCAGUUAAAACAGGAACCAGACCUCCCCGUUGACGAUGAGAUGAUCAUGUUGAGGUGCAUGGAGACCUUCGAUGAUGAAGACCUGUGACGCACAAGGGCUGGGAAGGGAGGGGGUGAACGGCGGUGGGCGGCUUCCAAGUACUAUGCCGACAGCCAAAGCUGUACCUGCCUCGGCCUUCCGGGACAUUUUGGAGUGGCUGUCCCAGAGCAUUUGGAUGGUUUCCGUUUCUGAUUGUUAUAAAGUAUUUGCAAAGUA